AUGGUGGAUCAAAUGGUUGACAAUAAAGUUAAGCCAGGUAACAUCACUACCAUAAGGCAAGUGUACGAUGAGCAAAUGACACACAUUAGGGCCAAAAUGGGAGCAUUAACAAAGAUCCAGUACUUGAUGAGGUUGUUGGAGGAAGACAAGUACACGCACUGGUCCAGAUCUGAUGAGGGUUCCACUGUUAUUCGCUCUCUAUUCUGGUCACAUCCAGUUUCCAUCCAGCUAUUUAACCAAUUUCGUACUGUUGUCUUGAUUGAUAGUACGUACAAAACCAACAAGUAUAUGAUACCAUUACUGGAGAUCGUUGGUAUGACAUCAAUUGGAUACACAUACACAAUCGUUUUUGGCUAG